GAGAGGGAGACGGCACGCACAUGCUCAGCCGGUUAAGAAGACGCCGGUUCGGUCGUUUCGAACAGAGCAGCGAUGCCGUCGGUGUAACGGCUCGUAGACACAACCGGCGGAAGUAAAGCGGACAGAGAGAACCGUGUGCUCCGCACCAUGGUUCUGCAGAACCAGCAUGGCGGGACCGGCGAGCCGCCGCUCACGGUCUCAGCCCGCCGCCCGGAGCCGCAGAAACCGGACGGGUGCAAGACGGCGUCCGGUCACAUCAAGCGGCCCAUGAACGCCUUCAUGGUUUGGUCCAAGGGGGAGCGCCGGAAGAUCAUGGAGCAGGCGCCGGACAUGCACAACGCCGAGAUCUCCAAGCGGCUCGGGAAGCGCUGGAAGACGCUGAAGGACACCGAGAAGAUCCCGUUCGUGCGGGAGGCGGAGCGGCUCCGGCUGCAGCACAUGGCGGACUACCCGGACUACAAGUACCGGCCCAAGAAGAAGCCCAAGGCGGACGGCUGCGCGGCGCCUCCUCCCGGGAAGCCGUGCGUUCGCUCCCCGGAGAAGACGGUGGGCCGGAAGAGGGUCUCCAAGAUGAAGGGGGCGGCGGUCCGAGCGAGCGGCACCGUCCCGGACCCCCGGUACCGGUACCUGUUGACCAGCAAGCUCGUCAAACGGGAGUUUACCGACGAGGAGGAUGACGACGAUGAUGAAGACGACUCCGAGGAGGAGGACCAGCAGGGCGCAGCGGGACCGGAGAGAACCGAGCCCACCGGGCGGCUCUUCUACAGCUUCAAGGACAUCACGCGGAGGAGCGCCGGGACACCGGCGUCCCUCUCGCCCGCGUCCUCGUCCCGCUCCUCCUCUUCGAUCUGCGGAGGAGACGACGAGGAGGAGCGGGACGGGACCGACUUCACGCUGAGCCUGCUGGCCGGCCUGCACGCGUCCUCCUCGGAGCCGUGGAGCUCCGCCGCGUGCAGCCCGCCCCCCCCGGGGGCCGUGGGCCUGUCGCUGGUGGACACGGACCUGGACUCGAGCAGCAGCUCCGGGAGCCGCGGGUCGCACUUCGACUUCCCGGACUACUGCACGCAGGAGCUCAGCGAGAUGAUCGCGGGCAGCUGGCUGGAGGCGAGCUUCUCGGACCUGGUCUUCACCUUCUGAUUCUUCUGCAAAGCUCAACCGAGUUCGUGGAUUUAAGUUUCCGUGGCUAAGCCUUGAAUGAACUGUACUGUCUGGAUGGAGCCGGAACCACAUCUUUUACGUGACUUUUUUGACUUAAGCCCCGCCCCCCGCAGGAGCCCUUUAUUUUGAUAUUCACACAACCAAACAUACCUCGUGUUUUUUAAUACUAUCAAGAAAUGCAAAUAUUUUCAGGCAUAUUUUUGUACAAACUGUUUUUGUUUCAGGCACUUCUUCUCUGCCAUGUUCGACCUGCGAGGGUUCGAAUCCCUGCCUUGCGGUUUUAAAAAACGCGUGUGCAGAACCGGAAGUGGGUCUGGUGGUCCGGGUUGUAAAUGUUGUAAGAUAAAGUUUAGCCCUUUUGUGUACAUAUGUGUGAGUGAGCGCAAACUGGAUGUUACAUUUUUUAUCACGUUUAAAUGCACACGUUUUGUUCAUUGUUUUGUGCAAUAUGCAAGAAAAAUAAAGUUUUUCUUUUUUGUAGCAAGCAGAA